AUUGAAAAAAUAGAGCGUCUUUAUGAUGAAAUAAAGGGCAUGUUCACUCGAAGUCGUGUUCCCAAAGACGAACAACCACAGUUUGACAAGCAACUUGACGGAACCAUUAAUGAUGAGCUGAAAGAGGAGCUUAGACAGCUGAGUUCUUCUAUUAGAAGCUUUGGGUACCGCUUUCGUUCCGUUCUUGUCUUUGUUGAUGAUAAUUGCGAUCACGAAAAGUUGAAACCAGAUAUAAAGAGGAUUCUGAAAAAGCACAACAUCUCUUCUACAUUUGCUAUUUUUUCGUCCAGUGUCAAGGAACUUUCGUCUUGUAAUGUAGGAUCAAAAGUAGAGGCAACGUUUGAUAAAACAGUUAAAUGCGGUACGUUAGGUGGGUUUGGUCGAGCAUCUUCAAGCGCAGGUAAUAGAACGAUAUGCUUAGUAUCAAGACAUGUUGUUGCAGAUGUUGACGAUAAUCCUGCCUCUACACUAAAAGUUUUAAACGGCGAAAAUGCAACCGAAGCUUCAAUAAUGAUUGACAAAUCAAUCAGGGAAUAUAGAAAAACUGUCCUGGAUAUAGCAGCGGCUUCUUUUGAAAGCGACGAGAGUGAAUUUGAUACCAAGUACAAAACGUCAGAGGAAAAGGCAGCGAAAGGAAGAUUAAGUGAAUAUAGCCUGGAAGAACUGAAAGGGCUUCCUGUCCAUAUAUGUGGGUCUAAAACACCAAUGGGAUUCGGAACCAUUACAAUGCCGCAAGUUGAAGGAGUUAGGGAUAGCAGUAUGGAUGAUUUUAUUAUCAUCGAAGACAGAGAAAUGCCCCGCCAGGAGAAACAACCUUUUUGCACACAUGGAGAUAGUGGAUCAAUAGUAUGUGCUGACGACCAAAACGACCCAGAGAACGUUCACCUGAUAUCUAUGGUCAGUGGUGAAGCACUAGACAAACCCGGUACUUACUGUUCGCUUCACCUAGGGAAAGGAAUAAAACAGGUAGAAGAAGAAACAAAAUCAAAAGUUCAGAUUCUAUAGCAUAAACAGACAAUUAAACGUAUUCAGCAUUUCAUUCAGUCAUAAGUAAAGUUCAGCUGUUUCAAUAAGCUUUGAAAUUUAAAACUUCAUAUGUUAAUCCGUAAUCAUACACAAGUUUAUUUUGAUAUUACGUUAACUGUAAUUUUAUGAAAACAUUUUGGAUUUUGCAAUUGAUGUAAGCUUUGAUAGAUAUUUAUUUUACAUUAUUAUUUUGGUGAACGUCUUUAUGGGGGAUUACACCGCUAAGUAGUCCGAUUUUGAAUCAUGCCCUAGAAAUUGAAUGAAAUGUUUAGCAGUAAUUCAUUAUGAAAUUUGUUGCAAUAGUUCAUUAUGAACUGAUUAGCGCUGGUUCAUUAUAAAAUGCUUAGCAAUGGUUCAUAAGCUGAAAUGUUCAGCAAUGGUUUAUUAUGAAAUGUUCAGCAAUGGUUUAUUAUGAAAUGCUUAGAAAUGGUUCAUUAUGAAAUGCUUAGCAAUGAUUCAUUAUGAACUGUUUAGCAAUAGUUCAUUAUGAACUGUUUAGCAAUAGUUCAUAUUGAAAUGUUUAGCAAUGGUUCAUUAUGAAAUGUUCAGCAAUGGUUCAUUAUGAAAUGUUCCGCAAUGGUUUAUUAUGAAAUGCUUAGAAAUGGUUCAUUAUGAAAUGCUUAGAAAUGGUUCAUUAUGAAAUGCUUAGCAAUGAUUCAUUAUGAACUGUUUAGCAAUAGUUCAUCAUGAAAUGUUUAGCAAUGGUUUAGUAUGAAAUGUUUAGCAAUGGUUCAUUAUGACAUGUUUUAAAUUAGCAAUGAUUCUGUAUGAACUGUUUAGCAAUGAUUCAUUAUGAAAUGUGUAGCAGUGGUUCAUUAUGAAAUGUUUAGCAGUGAUUCAAUAAGAAAUGUUUAGCAGUAUGAAAUGUUUAGCAAUGAUUCAAUAAAAAUGUUUAGAAGUAUGAAAUGUUUAGCAGUGAUUCAAUAAGAAAUGUUUAACAGUAUGAAAUAUUUGGCAGUGAUUAAGUAUAGUAUAAAAUGUUGAGCAGUGAUUUAGUAUGAAAUUUGUAUCAGCGAUUUAGAUUUUUUUGCACUGAAUCAGUAUAAAAUGAUUAGUAUGACAUGCACUGAUUUAGUUAGAGAUGUUUGAUAUGUUUGUUAUCGAUAUGUAUAGCCAGAAUGUGGGAGUAAAUAGUUAGAUGUUAUGUAAUGUGUAAUUGCUCUGAAAGUUGACAAUAUCUCAAUAUUUCAUGCUUUUUUAGAUUAAAAGUUAUAUUGUUGUGGGACGUCUAAUUAUCAUUCCUAAAUCUCAAAAGUUGUUGUUAUUUGUGUUCUUAAGUAUUACUAGUAUGAAUUUUAUACUACCUAGUCAUAAAUAUUUCUUACCUGUGAUAUAUUUCGAUCCGUCCUGACACUUUUUAAGAUCUCAAGUACUUUAUUUACCUUCGGUAUAUUUUGAUACGUCUUAAUUCUUGUGUGAUUUCCCACGAAUGUAUUUACCUGUGAUAGUUUUCGUCUUAAUAGAUCUGUGAGAUCUCAAAAACAUUCAGUUACCUUUGAUAUAUUUUAAAAUGUUUAUAGUUUUGUGUGUUCUCACAAUUUUCUGUCAUAUUUGUUGAGGUGUCCUUAAACCUUCUAUUACAGUUAACAUCAUUUUAUUACCUGUGAAAUGUUUUGAUAUGUCUAAAUAAUUAGCUAAAUUUUAAUAUUUAUUUUAGAUGUCAUAAACUGCCAUUCAUGUAGAUAUGCUGUGAUAAGUAUUAAUGCUUUCAGAAGCUGUUGUUACUGGUAAUCCUCAAUAAUUUCCUUGAUCUUAUAAACUGCUGUAUUUAUAAUACAAAAUGAUGUGCCGUUAUUCUUUUGAUAGGUUUGGUACAAUCUGAUAUUCUUUUGCACUUUGCGCUACCUAUUAAACAGCUUUCUUUCUAAAAAGUAUUGUACAUGAUUUAGAUUGUUUCCAAAUGUUGUUUCUUGCUGGCGUUGGCUGCCCAUACUCAUUCGUGCCUGCAUGUUUUGAACUUAUCGUAAUAGUUUUACUAGAUAUGAUAAAAUGUGUUAUCGUUGAUUCUUUAUGAUAAAUUAUGCUGUUAUAAGCCUGUUCGAUUACCUUUGAAGAAUUGUGAAUACGCCGCUUUAGUACAUUUAUUGGAUCUGAGAGCAUCAUUUGAAUGUUUCUAUGUCUGUUGCA